AUGGUUCUAUCGCUUGAUCUUUUCAGAACCGAUAAGGGAGGUGAUCCUGAUUUACUACGAAAAAAUGAAAGGAAUCGGUACAAGAACCCAGAGGCUGUUGACAAAAUAAUUGAUCUCGAUGAACAGUGGCGUAAAGCACGUUCUGCGUGUGAUCGUUUAAAUCGCUCAAAGAACAUGUGCAGCAAAACUAUCGGGAAGAAGAUGAAGGCAAAGGAAUUGGCGGGUAGUGAUUCUGUGCUUCCUUCUGAGAUCAUGGAAAACAUAAUUGAAAUUACUCAGGAACAAAUUGACGGCCUAAAUAUUUGUCAAAUUAAAACAUUGACGAUCUGUAUUGAUGAAACAAUAAAAAAACAACAGAAGCUUUCGGAUGAAUUGGAGAAGUCAAGAAACGACCUGGUUUAUGAAAUUGGAAAUAUUUUACAUCCCGAGGUUCCUAUAUCUGACGAUGAGGAAAACAAUAAAGUCAUUCGCACGUUUGGGGAUGCCUCGGUCGUAAAACAAUAUUCACAUGUGGAUUUGGUCCAAAUGGUGGACGGAUAUGAUGGCGAUCGCGGAACAGCUAUAUCUGGUAAUCGGUGCUACUUUUUGAAGGGACCUUUGGUGUUUUUGGAGCAGGCUAUUAUUAACCUGGCUCUAAGGAUGCUGUAUGAGCGCAAAUAUGUACCCCUCUACACACCGUUUUUCAUGCGUAAGGAGGUGAUGCAAGAAGUGGCACAGCUAUCUCAAUUCGAUGAGGAAUUGUACAAAGUGAUAGGCAAGCGUGAAGCCAUUGGUGAUCGUAGUAACGACGCUGAAGAAGAGGUAAAAUAUCUGAUUGCGACAUCGGAACAACCGAUUGCGGCAUAUCAUCGUGGUGAAUGGGUGUCUCCUGCGGAUCUGCCCCUUCGAUAUGCCGGCAUUUCCACUUGCUUUAGGCAGGAGGUGGGAAGUCACGGCCGUGACACCCGUGGCAUCUUCCGUGUUCAUCAAUUUGAAAAGGUUGAACAGUUUUGUAUCACUUCACCAUACGACAACGCCUCUUGGGAGAUGUUCGACGAGAUGAUUUCCACCGCUGAAAGUUUCUUUGAGAUUCUGGGGAUUCCAUAUCGAGUAGUGUCUAUCGUUUCGGGUGAGCUUAACAAUGCAGCUGCAAUGAAGUACGAUCUGGAGGGCUGGUAUCCGGGCUCAAAAGCCUUCCGUGAACUUGUCUCUUGCAGCAACUGCACUGACUAUCAGUCUCGUCGUCUUGGCAUUCGCUUUGGGCAGACCAAAAAGAUGGGCAGGGAGGUCGAGUAUGUGCACAUGUUGAACGCUACCAUGUGUGCAACUACUAGGGUGAUUUGUGCUAUCUUGGAGAACUAUCAGACCACCGAUGGUAUUGUUGUGCCGGAGGCGAUUCGCGAGUUCAUGCCUGAGGCUCUUAAGGAGAAAAUCCCGUUUGUCCAUACUGCGCCGAUUGAUCAGCAGAAAGGUGAUGUGGCUGAUUCGGUAGCAAAGAUGUCUCUGGAGGACAAGGCCGAGAGCAAAGUGGCCACAACUGGCAACGCCAAAUCGCCUUCUUCCACGAAGGCAUCAGGAAAUGUAAAGCUACCUCAAAAUGAGGUUAAAUCAACCAAACCUGCGGCACAAGCGACUACUGAUGGCAGCUGUGUGCCUUCUGUUGCGACUCCUCCUUCUAGUGCAGCUCCUACUAACGUGCGUAAGCCACGCCAAUGA